UUUUUUUUUUUUUUUUUUCAUUGCUUGUUUUCUUGUUGUGUGUGUGUGUGUUUUAAUAUGAAACUAAAUUGUCGGACACUAUUCUAGUAAUCGCGACAGAAAUGUUUCGAGUGGAGUGAAUGUUGUGUGGGUGCCGACAUCCCUCUCUCUCUCUCCUCGGCGCUGUUGAGUCGAGUGGGAGAGAGGUUAUUUUGGGACGACAUGAUGACUCUGUACCGCAAACACCGACCCGGUAAACGCUGUAGGGAUGAUGCACCCACGACGUUCUCCGAGAGGAAAUAAAAUAAACGUCGGCUGAAUGGUUCGCCAAGAAUUAGUCGUCGGUGGAACACGUCCUUAAUGCCGUAGGGAGUACAUCCCUACACGACAUUCGUGGCUCGUAUACAUCGGCGUUUAUGUUCUCGUGUCGGAAUCGAUGUGUGUACACACCAACGCGCGGCUAUAUGACGUUGUGCCGCUGCGGUAGUGUGGCUGUUCGGCACGGCGCAACGCAUUUCUCAAUAAUAUAAAACCUUAAUUAGGUACACCUAUACACAGGAAAGGUCUGCGUUGGCUGACGACUGGUAACACGAACAUUCAGAUCGUGGCCAACUAUGACGAUGUUUAGAGCACGAUGGUUGUUUAAACAAAAAAGCGUAAGCUAACGUUGGUUAGCUUAGCCCUUCGCGAAAUAAACGAUUUUGUGAACGGCUAGUUCAGAUCGCGAUUACGAGAGAACCGAUAUAUACGGCGGUUGUUCGGAUCUCUCGUGUGGGAGGCGCUAACGCAGUGAAAAUGAAGGAUUGAAUCUCUGCCGUUAAUUGAGUAGGCGCCGGACACCGCACCCAUUGCGGUUUUCCGUAGAGAAGACUGCUCUUAUCACGAGGACAGUUCAGUCAGAUUUUCAGGAAGUCCGAUACUUUAAAUGAGCGAUUAGCGUACCUGUCCAUCGAAUCUGACGGAAGUAGAUGUUGCUGGAAGUGAUACUCUGGCGGUUACCGAUCGUGGAUACAGGCUGUUCGAUGACAGUAAUCGAUAGUGGCUACGGCCUUUUGAAUGAAGAUAACCAACCCUGGUUACAGCCCGUUGCUUUAAGUUUAAUAGAAAAAAGUAACUGCGCUGCUGUUUUGUCAUUAAAGGUUUUCCUCAAGGUCAUUGUUUGCUGCGAAAGCUUCGUAGUCGAAACGGCUUGCACCUCGCCGUUUUUUGAUAGCGAGAUUAGGUUCAAGUUCGGUUUAAUAAUCACCUAGUUCUAGCUGAGACCAGUUUAGCUACGGCUUAAAAGUGGGUUGGGACGGCAUAUACAUGACCAGCUUGCGUCUAGUAACACCUUCGCUGUCUUCGUUGAACCAUUCGAAGUGACAAAGCUACACUUCCGCCGAUAAUAUUCCGAAGGCAAAGAGGUGUGAGUGGCAAAUAACUUUUGGUGUUGCAUGCUGACCUUCGAGUUUUCUCCUUGGUGGAGUUAGGUGGUUCUUUGCUAUUGAAUUAUUCGCGAGAAUGAAACAAACAAAUAAAUAAGACGACGUUGAAAGCGGUUGAACAGAGACUGUGCAAACUAACACUGAAAAUAUUUGGCGACAGAUCGGUUAGAACUCCUGAUCGAAGUUCGGAGCGUGAUUUCCAAAACAACAAACUGCGCUGGAAAAAAAAAAAAAAAAUAAAAAAAAAAUUGUGAUAGGCGGUAAAAAAAAAAAGAAAAAAAAAAAAAGAAGGUAUUAGCUUGAUGAAUUUUUUAAAAAAGCGAAGUUUAGAAGCGUCCAUUUUCGAUGGAUUUUUCGCAAAAUGGUGCAAAAUUUGCGGCCACUCCGUCGCAAGUUUGCAGGUUGGUGGUCAAUACUUUCCCCGUGAUUAAAAAAAUAGAAGGGAAGGACGAGGGCUAGCCCGUUGGGUACGCACGGCGGCGGCAAGGCCAAACCGGGACAUGGCUCGGCCGGCUUUUCCCACCCGCGGUCCGUGCCCGGGGCCCGAAAUAGCCAGCCUCCUCGCCGAGCCUGCUCGCAGCCUUCCAAGCCCAUCUUGGGCCUAGGAGCCGAACCCCCCUCGCGCGGCCGCGGGGUUCGGGCGCGCUCCGCCGCUGCCGUAUAUGGCGCUGCGCCGCGGCACGCGCGACGUCACGUCCGGGUCACGUGGGGGCGGGCUUCCGCCGGCCGGCCUCCGUUCCCACCCCCCCUGGGAUAAAAGCGGCGGGCGGCCGGUUCGGAGGCAUCACUCCUCCGGGGCUCGGCGUUUCAACGAGGUCGGCUCUUGCACUACAUUGUUCUUUUCGAGCACCGCCAGCUCCAAGCUAAACAUCCGACAUGUGUGACGACGAGGUUGCCGCUCUGGUGGUCGACAAUGGCUCCGGCAUGUGCAAGGCCGGCUUCGCCGGGGACGAUGCCCCCCGCGCCGUGUUCCCCUCCAUCGUGGGACGCCCCCGCCAUCAGGGUGUGAUGGUCGGUAUGGGCCAGAAGGACAGCUACGUGGGUGACGAAGCCCAGAGCAAGCGUGGUAUCCUGACCCUGAAGUACCCCAUCGAGCA